AUGUCCGCGUACGGCGCCAUCUCCUCCCGCUCAACCUCCUCUCUUCCCUCCACAACAUGGAAACUCGCCUCCAAACGCUCAGGUGCUCCCAAGCACCUCACUCUGCACCAUGUCACCCUCGAAACCGCGCGAGCGCUCCCGGGGCUCGUCGACUACCUACACCGUACGUUCGCGGAUGAGCUCGCGGGCGGCCGCACCUAUCCACAAGAGAUUCUGCCCGGCGAAGUAUACACACGCGAGCAAUUCGACGCGUACUACUUCGCCGCAGACGUCCUCGUCGCGGUACUCGGACAGCCCACUUUCGAGAGCGCGGCCGACGCGCCGGACGGCAGCAUCGUCUCGAUCGGGUUCGCAGAGGCCGUGAGCGGCCGCGCUUGGGAAGAGUGCCUCGCCGGCUGCUACUACGUGAAGCCGAAUUACCCGGGACGGUCGUCGCAUAUUUGCAAUGCCGGCUUCCUAGUACCUCCCUCGCAACGAGGUCACGGCAUUGGGACUGUCCUCGCACGAUCCUACCUCCAUUAUGGCCCUAGAUUGGGGUAUGAGGCCAGUGUCUUCAACCUCGUAUACGUGAACAACGUCGCCAGCGUAAAACUGUGGGAGGCGCUCGACUUCGAGAAGGCUGGUCGCAUUCCUCGCGCGGGACGCCUAAGGACAGCAGACGGCGACGGCGAAGAGUACGUGGAUGCAUGGGUAUUUUACCGUCGCUUCGAC